AUGUCAAAAGAAGAAGCAGUAACUGCGACUUUAAAAUAGCGUUUAUCUGCAAUUUAAGACAAGGAAAUAUACUUUGAUGAUAGAGAGUCUUUUAGUGAAGAUGGGGUAUUGAUAAAAUUUAGUUUAGAAAUAUUGCGAAUAUGUAUAAAAGUAGAAUAGGGAGAUUUUAAAAAAAGUUUAGGAACUUCUCCAUGAUGAUUAGUCAAAUGUGAAUUAAUAAGAUGAUUAAAGCUUUGCUCUAAUGAAUGAGAAUUAGAAAUAAGAAAUACUAGAAGACUUAGAGGAAGAAUAUGGUUAAACAUAUUUGGAAACAAAAGUGAAAGUGAAUACUUACAUUAGACUUAUUCCAAAAAAUGAUUUAUAAUUAGCUUAUAUUUAUAGUGACAAGUAAUGGAGAUGAUUAUUAAUUAGAUAUCCUCUGUUAGGAAUUCGGAAAUAAGUUUUGAUAUUUGUAAAACUGAUUUCUCAAUAUGCAUAAAAAAUAACAACACAUCCUAUUUUUGAGUAAUUGACAUUGAUAAUGAUCAUUUUCAAUUCAGCCAUGCUUGCAAUGGAUGAUCCAACAACUAAUGAAUAAACAGCUUUCUAAGAUUUAACAGAUAUUAUAUUUUUAGCUUAUUACACGGCAGAAGCAGUAUUAAAAAUAGUUGCAUUAGUAUAAUUAAAUAAUAAUAAUUUAAGGGAUUUAUAUUUCCUAAAAAAGCUUAUUUAAAAGACACUUGGAACAUAUUAGAUUUUUCUGUAAUUGUAACAGCAUAUAUUCCUUAUUUUUUGGCAUCUAAUUCAGUUAAUUUAAAUGCUUUAAGAUCAUUUAGAGUGUUAAGACCCUUGAGAACAGUAUCAUCAAUAAAAGCAUUAAGAACAAUAUUGUUAGCAUUGUUUGCAUCAAUAGCUUAAUUGAGAGAUGCAGCUGUCGUUCUUAUAUUUUUUUAUUCUAUAUUUGCAAUUGCAGGUGUAUCAUUAUUUUCUGGAUAUUUAAAAAGAAGAUGUAUAGGUGAAAUAAGUGGAAUUACUUGGAUUUCUGAUGAGAUUUUAUUUUGUUCAGAUGAUAAUAAUUGCCCAUCUCCAGAAACCACCACUCUAAAUGAAAAUUUUAUAUGUGGAAAAUAAAUAGCUAAUCCAUAAAAUGAUUUAAUUAAUUUUGAUACAUUUGGAUAUUCAUUUUUGUAAGUUUUUAUUAUUACUACAUUGGAAGGAUGGACAACUAUAUAAACAGCAGUAAUGAUAACAUUUUCUCCAAUUGUCGUUCUCUAUUUUAUUAUUGUUGUUAUUGUUGGAGCCUUCUUUUUAGUAAAUCUUACUUUAGCUAUUAUUAAAUUAAAUUUUAAACCUGAAAAAAUUUAAGAAGAAUUGGCUCAAAUAAAAGAAGAAAUUGAAGAAUAUGAUUAUAGAUAAUUAAGAUUAUUAAAGUUAUAUGAUCCAUAAAGACCAAAAGUAGAAACUGAAGGUUAUGGUAUCACUUGGGAGAAACAUCAUGAAUUUGAUUAAAAUGUAUUUAUGAAUAGAAGAAAGAAUUCAAAAAGAGGAGGUUCAUAAAUAAAUAUGAUAAAAACAGGAAAUAUGAAAAAAUUAAGAAAUAAAAAUAAGGUAAGUUUUCAACCAAUAAAAUCAGCAGUUUAUUAUAGUAAUCCAAUAACUUUAAAAAAUAAAUAAUUAAAAAUUGAAGGUAUUUAUGGAAUGGGUAAUUAAAGCAAAUUAAAUUAAUAAACUUUAGGAGUUAGUGGUCAAAAUAAUAAUAAUAGAUCAAGUGUAGUUAGAAGAAGUAGUUAAAGUAGUAAUAAUGAUGACAGAACUUCUUCAAAAAAAGAUGAUAAAAAUAUUAUUAAUAAUAAUAAUUUAGAAAAUGAAAGUUAAAGUAGACCUACUAGAUUGAUACCUAGAAAAAGUAUGUAAUUUGGAGAUCAAUAAUUAAGUUCAGAAUUUUUAAAUUCACCUAUGAUGGAUUUAUAAAAUGAAAACAUUAGACCGUUGAAUGGAGGUACAAUGUUAAUCCAUCAUAGAGGAUCUAUGGAUAGUAGUAAAAGUGGAGAAUCAAGAUAAGAUAAAACACCAGUUAAUAAUCAUUUAGAAAUACCAAAAUUAGGAGAAAGUAUUUAUAUUUUAUAAAUAUUAUAUAGUUAAAUAAUAAUCUCAAAAUGUUAAAUCAAAUUAAAAAUUCAGUUUAGUAGCAGGUAUGAAAUAUUAAAAACCUCCUAGAAAUUCACCUAAACCUGAUUCUUAGAAAUCACUUGAUUAAAAUGAAUUUGAUAGUGUAAAUCUAAGUGAAUUAAAUACUAUUUCUGAUGAUGAUCUUGAUUAAAGAUUAGAAGAAAUGGAUAUUUUUGUUUAAGAUAAAAAUGAUGAUUCGGAAAGUGAAAAGAAAAAAAAACUUAAUUAAAAAGAAAUGAUUAGAUAAAAAAGAGCUGAAGUUAGAAGAUUGAGAGAUUUAAAUAAAAAUUAACAAUAACAUUUAGAUGAUGCUUCAUUAAAAUUGAAAUCUAAAUUAUUUAAUACAAAACUAUCUCCUAUUAUAGUUAUUGAUUAAGAAUUUCAUAGUGUUAAUGAUGUUUUAGUUUCUAGAAUGUUAUUAAAAUUAGAAAAAGAAAAAUUAGAAUAAGAUUAAAAAAUUAAAGAAAUAGAUAUCAAAAUUACUUAUUGUUUUAAAAAUUCUAAAUAAUCUUUAGAAUUAAAAAAAUCUAGUUCUACUAAAAUUAAAAGUAUGACAAAAUCUGGUUAUUUGAAAUCAGGAAUGAAAUCCAAGAAAAAUAAUCUAAGUUUAAGAAGAGUUUAACCUAUUAUGGAUGAAUUACAUCCAAUUGAAGAUUUAUAAUUUCCAACUGAUAAGAAUUUUGAAGCUUAAGAUGAUUAAAAUUAAGAAAAUGUUAAUGAUAAUUCUGAUUCAGAUGAUGAACCAGAUGAUGUUAAUAAUGAAAAAAAUAACUUUAAUGGUAGUGCUAGUUAAAAAGUUAAAAUUAAAAAGAAAAAAAAAGAAUAAGAACAAAAUGAAAAAUUAGAUUUUGAAUAAAUGGGCGAAAAAUUUUUAGAAAGUUCUGAUUGCAUUGUUGAUUUAAAUAGAAUUCAUUCUGUUGAAAUUGAUAAAUAGUUUAAUUAAUAAGAAUUGGCACUUAUACCUGCAUGGGAAUUAGAAUAACAAAGAGGAGUUUUUUACUAAGAAUAUCAAGAAAUAAAAUAAAAAGAUAUAGGAGAAAAUGAAGGAGCUAUCACUGCAUAAGCUUCUAUUGAAGAUGUAUUAUUGAUUGCUGAUUACACAUUUUAUGAUUAAAAAUUUGCAAAAUAAAUGAAUUCAGUGAUGAAAGCAUUAAAUUAUUCUAGAAGAGAAACUUUUAUUUAUUUAGAAGGAUUUGUUGGAUUUUUAAAAGUAUGUUAGAAUCAUUUAUUAUAUUUUGUAUAAUCUGGAUAUUUUGAAGCAGCAAUGAAUUUAGCAGUGGCAAUAAAUACAGUAUUAUUAGCUCUUGAUGGUUUAUUACCAGAUAGUAGUGCUGACACUUUAAGUUAAUUUAAUUUAGGAUUUACUAUAUUAUUUACAAUAGAAUUAGGAUUAAAAGUGAUUGGAAUGGGACCAAAAACAUACAUAUCUGAUACAAUGAACAUUUUUGAUGCAGUAAUAGUGGCAUUAAGUUUAGUUGAACUCUUUUUCUUAGGUGGAGGAACUAAUGGAAAAUCUUCAUUAUCAGCAUUUAGAUCUGUAAGAAUAUUCAGAGCAUUUAGAGUAUUAAGAGUCACUAAAUUAAUGAGAAGUUUAUAAUUUAUGGGAUUUCUGAUAAAAGUAUUAGGAAAUGCAUUUUAAUCUUUUAUGUACAUUAUGGUUUUAUUACUCUUAUUUAUUUUUAUAUUUACAUUAUUAGGAAUGGCAUUUUUUGGAGGAGAAUUAUCAAAAACACCUAGUAGAUAGAGUUAUGAUGAUAUUUAGAGUGCAUUUUUGGUUGUUUUUUAAGUUCUUACAUUAGAAAAUUGGAAUAGUAUAUUAUGGGACUUAUUGAUUUAAGAUGUUUCAGCAUUUAUUACAGUACCAUAUCUAGUAUUUUGGAUUAUGAUUGGUAAUUAUGUAUUUUUGAAUCUCUUUUUGGCAAUUUUACUUGAAAAUUUUGAAGAGGAAUAUAAAAACGAUAAGGCAGGAUUGGAUACUAAUAUUGAAAUAGGAAGGGAUUCUAUUAUGGAUAAUACAACAUAAGCAGUCAAUUCUACAAGUACUUUUAAAUCAACAAUGAAAACAAAAAAACAUACGGUUGCUUAAUAAUUGGAGAAUAAUGGAGAUUCUGAAUCAAAAAAACAUAAAUUACUACAAUAAGUAUUUUAAUAUUAUGUUGAACCUGGAAUUUGUUAAUACUCAUUGUACUUAUUCAGUCAGGAUAACAUAAUUAGAAGAAUUUGUUAUAGAAUAGUAAAGGAUGAUAAAUUUGAAACAUUAAUUUUCUUUAUGAUAUUUUUAACAUCAGCCAAAUUAGUAUUUGAUACAUACAUUCCAGAUAGUGGUGAAUUAAAAGAAAUUUCAUUAUAGAUAGAUAUAUUUUUUGCAGUGUUUUUUGGAAUUGAAAUGUUAAUGAAAAUAAUCGCUUUUGGUUUUGUGUAAUAAGAAAGUUCAUAUUUAAGGGAAUCUUGGAAUACAUUAGAUUUCUUUAUAGUAAUAGCAUCAUUUAUUGAUGUUAGUGUUUCAACGAUAAAUUUGAGUUUUGUAAAAAUUUUACGAUUGUUAAGAACAUUAAGGCCAUUAAGAUUUAUAACUCAUAAUAGAUCAAUGAAGAUAUUAGUAUCAGCUUUAUUAUAAUCAAUAAAUGGUAUAUUCAAUGUAGCAAUAGUGGUAAUAUUGGUUUGGAUGAUGUUUGCAAUUUUAGGGAUUAAUUUAUAAAAGAAUAAAAUGAAUUAUUGUGACACAGGAGAUGAUGAAGUACAUUACGAUUAUGGACCGGAAGAAUGUAAAACAAAUGGAGGUGUUUGGGAGAAUAGAAAAGUGAAUUUUGAUAAUAUUUUAAAUGGUAUGUUAACUUUAUUCAUAUUAUCAACAUUGGAAGGAUGGCCAGAUAUAAUGUAUUGGUUUAUUGAUGCAGAUGAAGCAGGUCCAAUAAAAGGAGCUUAAUUAUAAUUUUCUUGGUAUUUUAUUAUCUUUAUUUUGAUUGGUUCAAUAUUAUUGAUGAAUUUGUUCAUUGGUGUUAUUUUGGUAAAUUAUCAUUUAGCAGAGGAAGCAUCAAGAGAUAAGAUUCUCACUCAACCUUAAGUUGAUUGGAUUGAAUUAUAAAAACUAAUAAUUCAUGCUAAUCCAAAUUUAGCUAUGUUUUUUAGUCCUGAGAAUCCUUUUAGAGCAAAAGUGUUUAUUGUUAUCAAACAUAGAUAUUUUGAUCCUACUAUAUUAUUUAUUAUAGUAUGUAAUAUUGUUACAAUGGGUUUGUCUUAGGAUGACUCUCCAUUAGAAUACGAUAGUUUAUUAUAAACUCUUAAUACAGCAUUUACUUUUAUAUUUAUUACUGAAGCUCUACUCAAAAUCAUUGCAUUAGGACCUGUAGGUUAUAUGAGAAAUUAGUGGAAUCAAUUUGACUUUUUUGUUGUUUGUGCAUCUAUUUUGGAUUUAAUAUUGUAAUUCACUGGAAACUCAUUCAUAUCAUUCUUAAGUGCUGGACCAUAAUUAGCAAGAGUAUUUAGAGUAUUAAGAGUAACAAGAUUAUUUAGAUUAAUUAAAUCAUUUGAAGGAUUAUAAAAAUUAAUAGAAACAGCAAUAUAUUCAUUACCUGCAAUGUUGAAUGUUACAGCUUUAUUAUUUCUCGUUUUCUUUAUCUUCUCUAUUUUAGGAGUAUUUCUAUUUGGUUCAAUAAAAACUGGUUGGGCUAUAGAUGAUGUAAACAAUUUUUCAGACUUUCAUCAUUCCUUUGAGUUACUAUUUAGAUGUUCGACUGGUGAAGAUUGGUAUAAAGUUAUGUUUGAUACCAUGUCAGAUGGGUAAGGUUAUUAUUGUAUCUUCUUUAUCAUAUUUAUUGUGAUUUAAUAAUACAUUAUGUUGAAUUUAUUCAUUUUGAUUAUUUUAGAUCAAUAUGAAAUCAAUUACUUUAAUAGCGAUAAUCCUCUUAAUAAAUUUUAAGAAUAUGAAAAUAUGUUUAUAGAAUCAUGGUCCAAAUUCGCCAAAGAAGAUAAAGGAAUGAAAAUGAAUCAAUAAUUAUUAGUUCCUUUAUUAUUGGAUAUGGAAAAACCUAUAGGUUAUGAUUUGAAGUUGAAAAUAAAUGAAGAAAUAGGUGAAUGGAGAAGAAUCAAUCCUCUAUUAGAUACAAAGGAAAAUGUUUAAAAAUAAACAUAAAUUCUUAAAGCUUAAGCAAAAAGAGAUGUUUCUACUUAAAUAAUGAAAAUGAAUAUUUAUUCAGAUAUAACUGGAUAAGUGAAAUAUCAUUAGAUAUUGUUUUCUGUAAUGAAAUCUUAUAUGUGGAAGAAAGUGUAAAUAAAUUUAAGUCCUGAAGGAGCUGAGAAAAUAUUAUAAAAGGAAGAUGAAACUUAAAAAAGAUUGAAAAAGAAAUAAGUAGGAGUGUAAUCUAAAGAAGUUACAUUAGUUAAUCCAAUAGUACAAUUUUUAUUUGUACAUAUGGCUUUUAAGACUUUAAGAAGAUAUGGAGAAAAGAAGAAACAAUAAAAAGAAUUGCAAGCCUAAUUAUUACUUGAAUAAGAAUAGGAACAUUAUAGUGAAGGAUUUAGUUCUGAUUCAUCUUUUGAUAAUAAAAUAGAGAUUUUAUCAAGAAAUUCGAAAGAUACUGAACAUCCAAAGAGACCAGAUUACGGAAGAACCAAAUAUUUAACGCUUCCAAAUACGGAGAUAUAUAAAGAAGAAGUUUAUAUAAAUUAAGAGACACCUGCAAUAAAUGAUUCAGAAAGAAGUUCAAAAGAAGAAGAAGAAGAACCAGACGAAGAUGGUAUUUAUAUAAUUAUAUAAAAUUUAAGUAAUGCAAUAAUACACUAAAGAUUUUAAAAAACAUCUUAUAAAUCCAAAUGGUUCAAAUGGAAAUAUUUAAGAUGAUAAAAGUGCUAGUAAUAUGGGUGGUGUAGGUAAUGGUGGUGGUGCUACUAGAAGUAGUCAAUCUCGAACUAGCUAAAUAACUAAAUAACCAAAAAGAUUGACUCUCAAACCUAGUGACUUGAUAUAAGGAUUAGGUGCAAGUAAAAAAUCUAUUCAAUCCAAUUAACCAGUUAUUAAUUAAAAUCCUAAUGUUUCAUAAGAUAAUCCCUCUAUUAUGAAUUAAAGUAGUGGUAACAGUAAUAGUAAUAAAUGAUUAAUAUAUAAAUUUGCC